GGGAGUUUCAACGGACUAAUCUUGUGUCAUUUGAAACAACAUUAGACAACGAUAUUAAGGAAGUUAAAUAUAAUUUGGAGGAGCACAAACCUCAGAGAGGAGAAUCGACCAUGAAAAGAAAAAGAAGAUAAUGGAAAGAAGAAUAUCCUGAAAACUUGAUGUGCAAGGCUAAAUAAAUGCAUUCCUUUGUAUAAGAAAAUAUUGGUGGGGCAUUCCAAAGUCAUCAAUUAGGGUUUACUUCCUAUUCAUUGAGAAUAUUCUCUGUUCAUGUCUGUGCUUCUCAGUCGGCUCCGCCUUGGCAAAUCUCCGAGACUACCUUUUCUUAUUCUCUCUAAUGGCUUCUCAACUUCUUUGCUUCAAACCCCUCCUUGUAGUAUCAUCUCUGCUGAUUCUUGUGGACCUGAUAUGGGCAAACUGAUCAUUUUCAAUGCUAAUGACACAGACGACACUCAUUUGGAUAAGAAGGUGCCUCUGGAGUUGAUGAAGAAAAUGGGAACGGUAGCGUCAUCAAAUGGCUGGGUAGCUACUCUCAAAGACGACCGCAUAUUGCGUCUCCAAGACGAUCUCAACCCUGCUGCGUCGGAUACAAACCCCAAACGCAUCCCUUUGCCUCCCCUUGUAACUCUGCCUCACUGCCAAACAAAAAUCAUCACCAACGUGUCAAUGUCCUCAUCUUCCCCUGAGGAUGAAGACUGUGUGGUGGCCGUCAAGUUCUUAGGACCUCAGAUCAGCUUUUGCAGACCGGCUCAGAGCAACUCCGGGUGGACCAACAUGAGGAUCGAGAACCCCUGCUUCUACUCCUCACGAGUAAUGUUUUCCAAGAUAGAUGAAAGCUUUCUCAUGCCCGGCUCUGGAGGCCACAUCAUUGGAUCAUGGGAUCUCCGAAAACACAAGCCUAAAACAAAGAUUAAGAGGUUGCGAUUUCGAGACCUUCCCGAGCUGACCGAGACCAAACGGGAGAUUUUGUAUUCGUGCUGCAAGAGCGAACACUUGGUGGAGUCAAGAAUAACGGAUGAGACUUUCUUGCUUAAGCAGUACAGGAAGACCACCUCCAAAACCGUCAAGGGCAUUGCACAAAUGAAAACAGAAGCUUUGAUGGUGUUCAGACUUGACAAAGAAGGAAACGCUGUUUACACUAAUGACAUUGGGGGUCUCUGCAUUUUCCUCUCAAAGGCUGAACCUUUCUGUACCCAUGCUGGCUUAUUUCCUGGUUUGAGCUUUAACGUCGUCAAAGUCUUGGACGUGGACGAAACCGGCUCUGUCGAACUGUACAAUUCCUUCAUCUGUACUUGGGAUUCUACAUCCAGCGUCCCUUACUAUAUUCCACCUCAAAAUAUAAACUAGCGUCCCAUACUAUAUAUAUGACUUCGAUCAGGAAUGGCUGAUUCAACCAUGGUCAUGUAAUCGGUAACUGAUAUUUUACUUAAUUUUGGUUCCCCUUCAAACAAUAUAGACUAGCAAGUACUUGAUGGUUUCGAUUUGAGUUUAGAGUCUGUCUUUUCGUUUAA